UGAAACCAGCAAGAGUGGUCAUUUCAAAACUUAAUUGAAAACAAAGCAAUAAAUAACCAAACAAUAAAAGCAAACACUUCGGUUUGACGACGGUUUCAUAGUCCUCUCAACUUCAAAACUUUUGGCUGGUAUCUAUAAUAUAAUCUAUCCCUUCUUCAUCUUCUAUUUUCAUAGUUAGAUUCCUUAUCGAACACUUUCUUCUUCAUAACUCUCACGCAUGCUAGUUCUUUUUUUAUCCAGAAACAACAAGUGUAGGACCGAUGGCAGGACCAUUUGACACUGUCAAAGGGGUUAAUACCACCAAGGAAGAAUGGAAGAUUGGAGUUCGAAUAACAGAUAUGUGGAUUGUUACAAACAUGAAUAACCAUCAACAUCUUGAAAUGGUUUUAAUGGAUACCAAGGGGGAUAAAAUUCAAGCGAUAAUCGUGAAGGAUGACAUAGCAAAAUGGGGAUCAAUCCUAAUAGAACAAAAGACAUAUGUGAUGCAGAAUUUCAAAGUCCUAAAUAAUGAUUUACAAAUUAAGCUUUGUGAUCAUCCAUGCAAGAUUAUCAUUCAUGGCAGGAGUGUAAUUUAUGAACAUCCUUUUCCGGAUAUUCCUCUAACUAAGGUUGAGUUUAAAACUUUUUCUCAAGUACUGACUAGAAAGAUGUCAGAGCCUAAUGAUGGUUAUGCUGAAGUAGAUACUUCACCUGGUGAUCCUAUUGAUGCUAUUGUUCAAAGUACAUAUCCAGAUCUUCUUUCACAAUACAACAAUGAACAAUAUUUGCAAUCAAGAGCUAUUUUGACCUACACAAAUGAGGUAGUUGAUCAAAUAAAUGAUUAUGUACUUAAGUUGAUUCCAGGUGAAGGAAGGGAGUAUUAUAGUGCCGACAGGUCAAAGAUGAAUGAUGUAGGAGCAUUUGACGCAAUUCCUCCUGAAUUUCUAAACACUAUCAAAACAUCUGACCUGCCAAAUCACAAAUUCACACUCAAGAUUGGGACCCCUGUAAUGCUUCUAAAAGAUUUAGACCUGUUUGAGGGUUUUCGCAAUGGUACUAGAUUAAUUGUUACAAGGCUAGGUCGAUUUGUACUUCAGGCCAAAAGUAUAUCUGGAAAUAAUAUUGGUGAGCUGGUAUUAAUUCCUCGAUUAGAUAUGUCUCCUUCACAAUCAAAAUUGCCUUUCAAGCUAGUUAGAAGACAAUUCCCAAUUGUUGUCUCAUAUGCUAUGACAAUCAACAAAUCUCAAGGUCACUCAUUCGACAAUGUGGGCUUAUAUUUACCUAAACCAAGGUUCAGUAAUGGUCAGCUGUGCACCACCUUUUCUAGAGUCAAAAGCAAACAAGGACUCGAGACUCUAAUUCAUGACAAGGAGAAAAGGGAAAUGUCCAGCACUACAAAUUUAGGUGGUCUUCGAAGAGGUUUCCUAAAUCUCUAACAAGAUAUUUGUUUAUGGGAACCAACCUUCAUGGAGAUGUUUUUUCGAUGAGCUAGGCGAUCAUUGGUGGUUAGUGAAUGCUGAUGGGAACAAACACCAUGUUAAACACAAUGGCAGGCUGAAGAUCAAAAUUAGUUUCAACAACUCUGUCACUGUCAUCAGAAAUUGGAUUUUGUUGCUAUUUUGAGUUUUAUUCCUAAUCUCUGUCAUUUUCUUUUGCGAUUUUAGAACAUAUUAAAACUUAACUAGCUCUUUUUAUAAUGGUUAAUAUCAAUGGAUGCACUAUAUUUGAUCAGAUAUCACUUCUGAUUUUGAUGUAUCGUUGUCAUUAUUUCACUACAAUGCUGAGGAGAGCCAUGCUUAGAAUGCCUUUUUCAUGCACCAGGGGAGAAUAUUACG